ACUUCAUUUCAAAGCUCGGAUAUCUUAGUAAAAAAAACAUCACCUCCGUCAACAGGGAGUAAUGGAACUGAUCCUGUUGUUAUUGUAAUAGUUGUCAUCGUGGUCAUUGUUUUCAUACUUGUCGCAGUAUUUGGUGUAUUACUUUUCAGAAGGUAAACUAUACGACAAUUAUUAUUUUAAAAAUCAGUAUAUAGGAUAUAUCCUUGCCCUAUAUUCACCGACACUGAGUAGCGCAAGGAUAUAGAGAGCUUAGCAACCCAUCAAAUUGCGCGACAAGCACCAUUCACCUCCCAAGUGUAUGCUAAGAUAAAAUAUUAGUUAAAGUAUAAAAUUUUAAGUAUUAUAUUAAAUAAUAAAUAAUAAAUAUUAACAACUUGUGUGGCAACUUGCUUGGCGAAUCAGGCAAUAUGAUUUAUACAUGGCGUUGCCGUAGAAAUUUCCCUAUAGCUAUAUUGCUCGUGAGCAGCACGAAAUUUGUAUUCUCGUUGACAAAACGACAGAAGUUGUGCGUUCACACCAUCCUGUAUAAUAACGCACACGUUUUUGCUCUCCGUUUUUAUUUAAUAAAUCCAUGCAACUCCAAAACAAACUACAUGACACUUUUACUCGCAAUAUAAUUCCUUAAUCAGAUGUCCCCAACCAAGUGGACUUACCCUUUUGGGAGAGAUUUGCGUCAUUCCUAUCCAUAGCAUGAAAAUUCAUAUUAAUUUUGCCCAUUUCCAAGCAACUUUACCAACAGAGAUCAUGAUUAUUGGUGUUGCUCGGGAGCUUUGCACGUACGUCAAUUAAUCGGAAUGCCAUUAUCUUGCCAUUGAAAUGAACAAUAUAUAAUAACUACAUGCAGUGAACACACACAAUUUGAUAGGUCAAUAGCCGUGCAGGAUCAGGCUAUCUUGCACGUGGAAUUAAAAUGCCUUGGCGGGAUUUUCGAGGGAUUCUCAAAAUCUCAUUGUUUCGCUGUAGUUAUUUUAUAAAACAAUUACCAAGUGGUUUUCCAAGUAGGAUAGUGUGAUCCAUACACUUGGGAUGUUGUUCGACUUUCGGAAAGCGUAAUAAUACACUUGCCUGCGGCUCGAGUAUUUUUGCGCUUUCCGAAAAUCUCGCAACAUCCCUCGUCAGGGCCGCUGAGAGGGGGGGGCAGGGGGCAAAUUGCCCAGGGCCCCUAGGAAUGUUUUGUUGGGCCCCAGUCCUUUUUAAAAAAAAAUAUUUUUACGGGUAAAAUUCGUCCCGGGCUCCCGCCAGUCUCAAGGCGACCCUGACCCUCGUGCAUGGAUCACGCAAUCCUGCACUGAAAACCAUUCGGUAUUCCCUUAAUAAUUGGCAUUAUUAUAUAUUUUUUACCAGACGCAAACCUCAACGUAACUACGACGGAAUAAAUCUUGAAACUACCGCAAAACGUAAGUAA